AUGUCCUCGCCAAAUUCCGUACCGGCAACGCCUCGCGUGAUAUCACCCACACCCUCUAUAUCGGACCAGUCCAAGACGCCCGAUGGAUAUAAUGCACCAGUCACACGGUCUGCAGCACGUCGCUCGCGUCAGCCAGAAGAUUCACCCGAAAGUACCAGUUCAGCGCGAGCAUCAAGAUCCCCCACGACACCCUCGGCUCGGCGCAACCGCCGAUCAAACCCCAAAAUACCCGCCUCGCCGCCACGCUCGGCCAACGGUACUGCCUCGAACAAUCUUCUAUCCCCGUCAAGCAUUCCAGCUGCCCUGCACGACUUAUCAAGAUCACCAUCUCCCCUUGGGCUAAUCCCCCUCCACGCCCGCUACCGCAGCUUCAUCCACCGCCAUGAGAUCCCGCGCAAGCUCUUGCACGUGUCAAUCGGAUUUUUGACUUUGUCAUUAUACAGCCGAGGUGUGCAAACUCUGCAGAUAACACCUGUUCUUUUCACCGCACUAGUACCGAUUGCAGCAACGGACCUCAUCCGUCACCGCUUCGAGAAGGUCAACAAGGUAUACAUCCGGUGCAUGGGAGCCCUCAUGCGCGAAACAGAGGUCACCGGCUACAACGGCGUCAUCUGGUAUCUUCUCGGAGCAUAUGUUGCUCUCCGCUUCUUCCCCAAGGACGUCGGCGUCAUGAGCGUGCUACUCCUUAGCUGGUGUGACACCGCCGCCUCGACACUCGGUCGUUUGUACGGCCGCUACACCCCCCGUCUGCGUCCCGGAAAGAGCUUGGCUGGUACCAUGGCGGCAUGGCUCAUGGGUGUUGUCACCGCUGCUGCUUUCUGGGGCUGGUUCGUGCCUUACAUUGGUGCUUUCCCUAAUGACCCGCAAGACGCAUUUAUGUUCACCGGACGCUUGAAUCUGCUCCCGAACUGCGUUCGUGGCCUUCUGGGAUGGGAACCCAGUGACUCGGCGGUUAUUACUGGUCCUUUGGCUUUGGGUGUCAUGAGUGUCGUCUCUGGCGUUGUUGCCGCUGGCAGCGAGUUCAUUGACAUGUGGGGCUGGGAUGAUAACCUGACGAUCCCGGUGUUGAGUGGAGUUGGCCUAUGGGGUUUCCUCAAGGUAUUUGGGUAG